CCCGGGCGGCCCUAGCAGCGGCUGUGGCUGGCUGCGAGCUGGGCGAUGCACCCGGCUGGGCUGUUCUGGGUCGCCGCGGCGCUGCGGCUGCUGCUGGCGGCCCACGUGGCGGCGGCGUUCGAGCCUAUCAGCUUGGGCAUCGCCAUCGGGGCCGCGUCGGCCCUCACCGGCUACCUGUCGUACACGGACCUGUACUGCCGCUUCGCCGAGUGCUGCCGAGAAGGGCGGCCGCUCAACGUGUCGGCCCUCAAGCUGAAUUUGGAGGAGAAGCUCUUUGGGCAGCAUCUGGCCACAGAGGUGAUUCUCAAGGCGCUGACUGGCUUCAGGAACAACAAAAAUCCCAAGAAACCACUGACUCUUUCCUUACACGGCUGGGCUGGCACGGGCAAGAAUUUUGUCAGCCAAAUUGCGGCUGAAAAUCUUCACCCAAAAGGUCUCAAGAGCAACUUUGUCCACCUGUUUGUGUCGACCCUGCACUUCCCUCACGAGCAGCACAUAAAACUGUACCAGGACCAGUUACAGAGGUGGAUUCGGGGUAACGUGAGUGCAUGUGCGAGCUCCGUGUUCAUAUUUGACGAGAUGGAUAAAUUGCACCCCGGGGUCAUUGAUGCCAUCAAGCCAUUCCUAGAUUACUACGAGCAGAUUGAUGGCGUGUCUUACCGGAAGGCCAUCUUCAUCUUUCUCAGCAAUGCAGGCGGGGACCUCAUAACUAAGACGGCCCUUGACUUUUGGCGGGCAGGGAGAAAGAGGGAAGACAUCCAGCUGAAGGACCUGGAGCCGGUGCUGUCUGUUGGGGUCUUCAAUAACAAACACAGUGGCCUGUGGCACAGCGGACUGAUAGACAGAAACCUCAUCGACUACUUCAUCCCCUUCCUGCCCCUGGAGUACAGCCACGUGAAGAUGUGCGUGCGGGCGGAGAUGAAGGCCCGCGGUUCUGCCAUCGACGAAGAUGUCGUCACCAGAGUGGCAGAGGAAAUGACGUUUUUCCCUAAGGACGAGAAAAUCUACUCAGACAAGGGCUGCAAGACUGUGCAUUCACGGCUGGAUUUUCACUGAACUCUUAUCCAGAUGGGGUGAGACGCGGCUGGGAGCCCAGGGGACUCGGGGCCUGGCCUUUCCAAGCACUUUGAAGACCUCUUCAGGGUUUGCACAUUUGCACCUGUGGACUUGCGGGAUCUGGAACGUUCUGAGGGUUGAUUUUUGAAAUGAUGCUCGUCUGUGAAGGGUACUUGUCAUUUCGCAACAGGACAGCAACCCGGCUGUUCACUGUGGUUGAAGGUGAACUUUUGAAGUCCCUCCCCUCCCCUGCCACUACCACUUAACUGACCUGGACAGAAGUGCCUUGAAAACAGCUGUGUGAGUGAGACCAAGGACUCUUUGUGACCCAGAGGUACCCACACCUCAGAAGCUGAACUGAAGGAGUUCGAGGGCCCCGCUGCAAUCCGGGCAGCACUGGGUUUUCACCUGCCAGAAACAUUCUUCUGCUCUAGUUCCUUUUCCUUACAGAGCGCAUUCACUGACUUGAAGUAUUUUCAGGUAAAAUCGGUGGCACCUUCAGGCACAGUGUCGUGUGGGAGGACCUGGGCCCGCAGGCCGAGCACGCAGCUGGGGGAACCGCCUGCGUGUGGCAUGGGGGCUCCACGCCAGGGCCCUGCAGCCAGGCAGGACGGGCAGGACCUCUCCGUCUGCCCGUGGCCUUGCUGCUGAUGACAGCCCUGGCCAUGGAAUUCCUUCUCCCAGUUCUCACUUGGUACUGAUCGCAGCCUUCCUUGUAUCACUUCUACUCCUCAACUUCAGCCACGGCUAGAUGUCCCCCCCAGCCAUAUCAUCCCUAGAGUCGGAUCAGAACGCGACUGUUGGCUUUGAGUCCUUGGUUCCCACGGUGAAAUGUUUGUCUGUUACAGUUUACACGUGGGUCAGUCUCUCACUUGACUGCACAGAACCAUUUGAAAUCCGUAGGACAGAGUCAUUCUCCACGGAUGACACGUGCCGACUGAACGGUCAGCUUGCAGGUUCUCGUUGCCAAAGUGGAAGUAUUGGACACUAGAAGUGCUCGAGUUUUCAAGGAUAUGUAUAUUUUUUAUAACGUUCUUACUUCUGAAUCUUAGAUAAUAGAAAUAUGGGACAUUGCUCAUUUUAAAACACGGGAAGGAAUAGUUGCCUAUUCCUUUAUCAGAUAGAUACUCUUAAGGUUGCGGCUGAUCCUGGGUGUCAUCUGAGAAUGAUACCCUGUAUGGCAGUGUCAGGCUGGGCUGCCCUGGCCACUGGGAAAUACGACUUCCAUUCCAGCCAGUGUGAAUCGUUCUAUCUUGUAGUUGCAAUGCAACUGCAGACAUGUAAUGAGAACAUGCAGCUUUUUUCUAUAUAAGACGUGGCAGAAUGAAUGUUCCUCCCACGUGGCAAUGCCUUAUAGAGGAUCACACUUAGUCUUUAAAAAAUGCCAAGGUGGGCUUCCCUGGUGGCGCAGUGGUUGAGAGUCCACCUGCCGAUGUAGGGGACGCGGGUUCGUGCCCCGGUCUGGGAAGAUCCCACAUGCCGCGGAGCCGCUGGGCCCGUGAGCCAUGGCCGCUGAGCCUGCACGUCCGGAGCCUGUGCUCCGCAGCGGGAGAGGCCACAACAGUGAGAGGCCCAUGUAUGGCAAAAAGAAAAAAAAAAAAAAAAAAAAGCCAAGGUGAGCCUUAAAAUUUUUAGCACGUGUGCUCAAGCUGGAGCUAAGUUGUUUCUUUUGUCACCUUUUGGGUGUCUGGUCAGGAGGAGAUAAGAUCUUUUGUUAUGAUGCAAUAAACUCAACACGUGUUGGCUA